UUUCGAACAAUCCUUCCCUUCCCUUCAACUCUCUCGUAGAGCUUGCCUUGUUUUCUUUUGUAUCCUAAACUCCCAAACUAAGCCCUUCGGCUGACUCUCGCCUGCCCUUCCUCUGCCGUCGAGAUAUAUCCAGCUCCUGGAGACCUUUCCCGCUGAAGAUCCGGUCUUUGACUACAAAGGAUGGGCGUCGGCUUCGUCGUUGGCGUGCUUGGAGUUUUGAUUCUCUCUCACGCUGCCUACUCUACUAUCCAGUACAGGGCAUUGUUGAAGAUCACCGAGGAGGAGUUUUCAGGACCUCCUAUUAACGUGGUAGUGGAGUUAAUUGCUGGCCUAAUGCUAUGCAUGUGGGCAGCACUGACUGUGCCCGGCAAGUUCCUCUCAAUACUUCCUCAUUCCGAUGAGAACAGAGUGGUUGCUUUACCUGAAAAUCUAGAUUUUAUGAUAUUCAAUCAUCGUGGAAAGGCAAUUCCUAUGGGAAUCGAUGCAAAAUUGAAGUGAUCUGCUUUGGAUGAGGAUCGUAGAUGUGCGUUGGAUAUCCUGACAGGGGACCUAUAUGCAUAUUAGCUGCAUUGUUGCCACGGGGGAGCUAGGUAUAACAUAUGCGGGAUUUCAUGGACCUUGUAAUGGAUGGAAAUAUCUGGCACUGAUUUUUUUUUAGCAUUACUAUUUCCGUUUCUGAGUUGUGCUGAUCUUCUAAGAUAUUGGACUUGUAUACUACAUUACUGAACAAGCAAUUUGAGAUAACAAAUCAGAAGGCUCAAGUCUUGUGCCUUGAGUUAAUGUUU